AUGAAUGUUCUCAAGCUUCAAAAGAAAUACCCGCAACUCGACCAAGGCGAAAUCUUUUCCCUACAAGAUGGAUUCAGGAAGCUAGACAUUGACGAUAAGGGCUACUUGGAUGAGGCCACCGUGAUCAAGGCAACUCAACAAUCAGAACGACAACCGUACGAUGUUGUGCGUCAAGCUUUGAAGGAGGUUGAGCUUGAUAGCUCCCGGCGUGUGGAGCUUGAAGACUAUGUGGAUCUUAUCUCCAAGCUUCGUUCAACUUCGGUACAAGGAAAGGCUGCUGGGGGGUUAAAUCCUGUUGCAGCUACGCAAGGAAACGGUGCUGGCGCGUCCCGGCACGUCUCCAAGGGCAGCAUCGGAGGAAGGAUUCACGUCCAGGGUUCUUCUUCGAAUGUCACGCAUACGAUCAACGAGGAUGAAAGAACUGAGUUUACUAGGCAUAUAAAUGCCAUCCUUGCUGGUGAUCCGGACAUUGGUCACCUUUUGCCAUUCCCCACUGAUACUUUCGAGAUGUUUGAUAAGUGCAAGGAUGGUUUGGUUCUGACAAAGUUGAUCAAUGAUAGCGUUCCAGACACAAUCGAUGAGCGUGUUCUGAAUAAACCUGGGAAGAAGAUCAAGGAACUGAAUGCAUUCCACAUGACUGAGAAUAACAACAUUGUCAUCAAUUCAGCCAAAGGUAUCGGUUGCUCCGUUGUGAACAUUGGAAGCGGUGAUAUAAUAGAAGUCCGUGAGCAUCUCAUUCUUGGUCUUAUUUGGCAGAUCAUUCGCCGGGGCCUUUUGGGCAAGAUUGACAUUAAGCUUCAUCCUGAACUCUACCGGCUUCUAGAAGAGGACGAAACUUUGGAGCAGUUCCUGCGUCUUCCUCCAGAACAAAUAUUACUGCGUUGGUUCAACUAUCAUCUGAAGAAUGCCAAAUGGGACAGAAGGGUGGCGAACUUCUCUACUGAUGUGAAGGAUGGUGAAAACUAUACUGUUCUUCUGAAUCAAUUGGCGCCUGAGCUCUGCUCGCGGGACCCUCUCUACACUGGGGACCUGCUUCAACGAGCUGAACAGGUUUUAACAAAUGCAGAGAAAUUGGACUGCCGAAAGUUUUUGACUCCUACAUCGCUUGUUGCUGGGAACCCGAAACUUAACCUCGCCUUCGUUGCCAACCUGUUCAACACUUGCCCAGGUCUCGACCCAAUUACCGAGGAAGAUAAGCUGGAGGUUGAAGACUUCGAUGCUGAAGGAGAACGAGAGGCAAGGGUUUUCACCCUUUGGCUGAAUUCGCUAGAUGUGCAGCCCGCGGUUAACUCUUUGUUUGACGAUCUCAGCGAUGGAACUGUUUUGUUGCAGGCAUACGACAAAGUUAUUCCUGGAAGUGUUAACUGGAGACAUGUUAACAAACCUCCUGCUUCGGGUGGUGACAUGAUGCGGUUCAAGGCAGUUGAAAACACAAACUAUGCCAUUGAGCUUGGGAAGCACAUUGGCUUCUCUCUCGUCGGCGUGCAGGGUGCUGAUAUUACCGAUGGCCAGCGGACUCUCACGCUUGGGUUGGUAUGGCAAUUGAUGCGAAAGGAUAUCACCAACACUCUCUCUACCUUGGCAAAGCGCAUGGGCAAGCGUGAAAUUACAGAUGCAGAGAUGAUUCGCUGGGCAAACGACAUGUCCCAAAAAGGCGGCAGAACAUCUACUAUACGCAGUUUCAAGGACCAGUCCAUUGGAUCUGGCCUCUUCCUCCUUGAUGUGCUUAGCGGCAUGAAGAGCAGCUAUGUUGACUACGACCUUGUGACUCUAGGCCGGACUGAUGAAGAAGCAUAUGCGAAUGCGAAGUUGAGCAUUAGCAUAGCAAGAAAACUGGGGGCGACUAUUUGGUUGGUGCCUGAAGAUAUCUGCCAGGUCCGCUCUCGUUUGGUAACUACAUUUAUUGGCUCUUUGAUGGCUACAUACGAAAAAAUGUAA